GAUGGCGGAAGCGGUCACGAAUCGAAAUGUCAGCAGAUCUUCCUGCUAGUAGUUUACCUGGUUGAUAUCAAAUGUUGUGAUAUUUAAGGCGAAUUGGGCUACUUUUGGCCGAGAAGAAGGUGAAUGACAAUCAAGCUGGGGCUCUUAAAUAAUGUCCAGGUGCGGUUUUUAUGCCCAGCCGACGUUGAUGAAGUCAAACGACUCUGUCGCGAAUGGUUUCCGAUUGAAUACCCUGAUGUUUGGUAUGAGGAGAUAACAUCAAGUUCCCGAUUCUUUUCUUUGGCUGCCACGCUAAAUCAUGACAUUAUAGGACUCCUUGUAGCAGAAGUAAAAACCAAGUCUUUAUGCAACAAAGAGGAUGCUGGAAUUCUUUCUUUUGCUUUUGGUGAUGAUUCCCAAGUGGCUUAUAUUCUUAGCAUUGGCGUGGUAAAACAAUACAGACGACAUGGAAUUGGGACCCUUCUAUUGGACAGUUUACUCUCCCACCUCACCACGCCUGAGAGGCAAAAUUGCAAAGCUGUCUAUCUUCAUGUUUUAACCACAAACUCGGCUGCAAUGAAGUUUUAUGAUAAGAGGCAUUUUAAGCAGUUUCGUUACCUACCUUUGUACUAUGCCAUCAAUGGAACCCACAAGGAUGGAUUCUCUUAUGUGCUUUAUAUUAAUGGAGGUGAACCUCCUUGGACACUUGGUGAUGCCUUGAAAUUUCUUGGAGCGAAACUGUCCCAGCUUCGGCCCUGCAAGUUGCCGCUGUAUCUGAUGAGUUGUUGCUACCACUGGCUUCUGUGGGUUGCACCUAUACAGGCAAUAAGAGACUCGUGUGUGCGCAGCAUGUGACAUACAUAACAUGACAACCUCUUGAAGGUAGAAAAGGAAAAAGGAUUUUAGAAUAAUUAUUUGUAAAUAACUGUUAUCAUGUACUUGUGUAUAGAAAGCAUUUUGUAUGAGACAGACCAUUUUUCUUUUUUGUUUGGUGACCAGUUCAUUUUGUGGAAUAAUAUUACUCUGUACAUUGACUUUUUUUUUCUGCAUUUUUAUUAAAGAAGAUCAGCAAAUAUUACUCCUUAACGUAAAUUUUAGAAGAUAUAUUAAAUUUUUUUUUAAGUACAAAAGCAAUGAUACUUUUUCAAACAGAAGCAAUCCAUCUGGGGAUUAUUUUUCUGUUUUAUGACCCUAGUGUUCCAUAAACAAGGGGAUAGUCCAGUUUGAACCUUUUGAUGUAACCUUGUUUGGCAAAUUGCCUGUUAGGAGAAAAUUUUUUUUUAUGGUGCAAAGGUGGUUUCAUCAGCAGGAUUCUUGUGUAGUUUGAUUGCUUUUCAUAUGAUUCUAAGAUGUGUUAAAUUAAAAGUAGUCCAGGGUUUCAUUUUUUUUCUUCACUAUGUUCUUUGUUCUCUAUGAUUGGCUCAGAAAACUCGUGCACCCUCAGCCGAUCAGAAGCAAAAUUAAAAGCAAUCGUGACUUGGG